AUGACGCUCGAAGUAGCAACACAUAUUGGUCAGCAAGCGACACGGACGCCACGCAACGAUGCCGCCGAGACGAGGAGUCACCACAUGAUGCAAUUGGUCAAGCGAAACCUCAAGGAGUGGCUUGUUGCGUACCUCCAAUCGAAGAAAAACGACGCUGUGGCUUUCAACAUCUUCCGCUCCCUGCUCUCGCAGUUUGCGCAGAGGCACCGUUUCCUUCAUUGCACCCCGUGCGUCAACAAGGUGACACAAACCGUGCUGGACAAAGCUUGGUUGGGGUACGCAGAGUCGUUUUGGGUCAAGUAUGUAGAGUACGACAGACGCCAGAUUCUCAAAGUGGACGAGACGGCUGUGGUUUCAAAAGGCCAAAAGCACUUUGAGCGCCUCGCAGCCGUGCUGACCGUCCAAGCAGAUGGUAAGAAGCUUCCGUUGCUGUUCAAAUUCAAGGCGAAUCCUGGCGGGAUGAUUGAGAGCAAGGAGAUUCCGAGUUUCUUACACGUCUAUGCUGUGCAGGAGAACGCCUGA